CUCUGCCUGAUUUCCCAGCUCGCUGAGGUUUCUUCCACCGACCACAAUGAACAAGUUCCUGUGCUGCACACUUGUGCUCUUGGACAUUUCUGUGAAGUGGACCGUCCAGGACAACUCUCCCCCCAAGUAUCUCCAUUACGACCCAGUGACGUCUCGCCAGCUGCUGUGUGAGCAGUGCCCUCCUGGCAGUUACGUCCAGCAGCACUGUACGGCCAGCAGCCCGACGCGCUGCGCCCCGUGUCCGGACCAGUACUACUCCGAGGAGUGGAACAGCAACGACGAGUGCCAGUACUGCAGCACGGUGUGCAAAGAGCUGCAGUACGUCCGGCAGGAGUGCACCCGCACGCAGAACCGCCUCUGCGAGUGUGUCCAGGGCAGGUACCUGGACCUCGAGUUCUGUGUCAGGCACACGGAGUGUCCUCCCGGCUUCGGCGUCGCACAGCCAGGUACCCCUGAGAGUGAUACUGUAUGUAAGAAAUGCCCAGAAGGAUUUUUCUCAAAUGAAACAUCAUCCAAAUCAGCCUGUCUAAAGCACACAAACUGUAGUGCACUGGGUUUCAAAACAGCAUUAAUAGGAAAUGCAGUUCGUGACAAUGUCUGUCAGGAAAAUGCAGAUCCAGCACCUCAGAAAUGUGGCAUAGAUGUAACCCUGUGUGAGGAGGCUUUCUUCAGGUUUGCUGUUCCUACUUUUCUCACACCUAACUGGCUGAACUUACUAGCAGACAGUUUGCCUGGGACAAAGGUUAGCACCGAAAAUAUUGAAAGGAUUAAACAAAGGCACAGUCCUCAAGAGCAGACCUUCCAGCUUAUGAAAUUAUGGAAGCAGCAAAACAAAGAACAGGAUUUGGUCAAGAAGAUUGUUCAAGGUAUUGAUCUUUGUGAAAAUAGUGUCUUAAAGCAUAUUGGCCACCCAAACCUCACCUUUGAACAUCUCAACACACUGAUGGCAAGUUUACCAGGCAAGAAAGUGGGAAAAGAAGAUAUUGAGCACACAAUGAAACUCUGUCAACCCACAGAGCAAGUUCUGAAGCUUCUCAAUCUGUGGAGAAUAAAGAAUGGUGACCAAGACACUGUUAAAAGUUUAAUGUAUGGACUGAAGCAUUUGAAAACACGCCACUUUCCAAAACCAACCAUCCAAAGUCUGAAGAAAGUGAUUAAGUUUCUUCACAGAUUUACAAUGUCUAGAUUAUACCAGAAACUCUUAGUAGAAAUGGUAGGGAACCAACUUAAAUCAGUGAAAGUAAGAUGUGUCUAAUUCAAGAUAUUUUUUAUUCUCCACUGACUAUUUUUCC